ACCUUGCUCCCUGUGAGGGCGUCACAGCCACAGGUGGAGUCCUGCCGCUCACCUGCUGUUUCCAGGAAAUGAAGCUUUGAUCCAUAUCCCACACCGCAGCGGCAGCUAUCGCAAAGAUAACAACACGAGCAUGACUGUGUCCUGGAAACCAUGGACUGCACUCUUCUACAUCUUAUUUAAGUGUUCAACCGGAGUGUCGCAACAGUUCCAGCUGGAGCCUCUGAAUUCAACAGUGCUGCAGGGCUCUGAUGUGCGAUUCAAGGCCACCGUGGAGGGAGUCUGGAAGGUCAUGACCUGGGACGUCCGAGACUUUCAGGUUCUCACUUUCACUGUAAAUGGUACCAUACUCCGAUCGUCUCCGCGGUUCUCUGCUGGAUUCUGCUCCGCUGGUGAUAAGACCUGUGUGGAGUUCAUCAUCCAUUCUGUCACCCGCAAAGAGACUGGGCCGGUCGAAUGCACUGUGCAGGGGGAGUAUGGAUCCAAGACGGCGCAGCUUAACGUUCAAGAGGGAGGUACAGUCCACAUCACGGGAGGGGAUGUGACCGUGGUGCAGGACCAGCUAGUGGAGUUCCAGUGUGUAUCAGCUGCUUGGUUCCCCACGCCUACAGUUACCUGGAUGCAAAAUGAUCAAGCUGUAGACAGCAGCCUGUACAACACCAGCAGCAUGGCGGAUGCGGAUUUCUUUAACGCCACCAGCGUCCUCAAGUUACAGGCAGUCAGAAACGCCACAGUGGAGUGUCGGGCAACUGUGCCAGCACUAACAAACCCACAGUCCAGCUCUGUCUUCAUGGUGGUUGCAGUGUCGCAACAGUUCCAGCUGGAGCCUCUGAAUUCAACAGUGCUGCAGGGCUCUGAUGUGCGAUUCAAUGCCACCGUGGAGGGAAUCUGGAAGGUCAUGAGCUGGGACGUCCGAGACUUUCAGGUUCUCACUUUCACUGUAAAUGGUACCAUACUCCGAUCCUCUCCGCGGUUCUCUGCUGGAUUCUGCUCCGCUGGUGAUAAGACCUGUGUGGAGUUCAUCAUCCAUUCUGUCACCCGCAAAGAGACUGGGCCGGUCGAAUGCACUGUGCAGGGGGAGUAUGGAUCCAAGACGGCGCAGCUUAACGUUCAAGAGGGAGGUACAGUCCACAUCACGGGAGGGGAUGUGACCGUGGUGCAGGACCAGCUAGUGGAGUUCCAGUGUGUAUCAGCUGCUUGGUUCCCCACGCCUACAGUUACCUGGAUGCAAAAUGAUCAAGCUGUAGACAGCAGCCUGUACAACACCAGCAGCAUGGCGGAUGCGGAUUUCUUUAACGCCACCAGCGUCCUCAAGUUACAGGCAGUCAGAAACGCCACAGUGGAGUGUCGGGCAACUGUGCCAGCACUAACAAACCCACAGUCCAGCUCUGUCUUCAUGGUGGUUGCAGUGUCGCAACAGUUCCAGCUGGAGCCUCUGAAUUCAACAGUGCUGCAGGGCUCUGAUGUGCGAUUCAAUGCCACCGUGGAGGGAGACUGGAGGGUCAUGAGCUGGGACGUCGGAGACUUUCAGGUUCUCACUUUCACUGUAAAUGGUACCAUACUCCGAUCCUCUCCGCGGUUCUCUGCUGGAUUCUGCUCCGCUGGUGAUAAGACCUGUGUGGAGUUCAUCAUCCAUUCUGUCACCCGCAAAGAGACUGGGCCGGUCGAAUGCACUGUGCAGGGGGAGUAUGGAUCCAAGACGGCGCAGCUUAACGUUCAAGAGGGAGGUACAGUCCACAUCACGGGAGGGGAUGUGACCGUGGUGCAGGACCAGCUAGUGGAGUUCCAGUGUGUAUCAGCUGCUUGGUUCCCCACACCUACAGUUACCUGGAUGCAAAAUGAUCAAGCUGUAGACAGCAGCCUGUACAACACCAGCAGCAUGGCGGAUGCGGAUUUCUUUAACGCCACCAGCGUCCUCAAGUUACAGGCAGUCAGAAACGCCACAGUGGAGUGUCGGGCAACUGUGCCAGCACUAACAAACCCACCGUCCAGCUCUGUCUUCAUGGUGGUUGUUCCCAAGCCUCCUGACUGGACUGUGCUGAUAGCUGUGGUCGUGUCUUUUGGAGGGCUUGCUCUGCUGGUGUUACUCAUCCUGGGAAUCAUCUUCUGCUAUAAACGCAAGAAAGAAAAAGAAUCCAGCUACCAAGAUGAAAUGAGGAGAGCGAGGACACAGAGCCAGAUAAGUGAUGCAAGUGCAGCUGGACAGAGACAUGGUCAAGUGAAUGCAGGAUAUGUGGUGGAAGGUCAUACAAGUGUCGCUCCCAGUGAACUAACUGACAGUAGCGUUUGCCAGGCGAAUGGCCCCAGUAAUUACGAGAUGCCUGAUAUUUUGAACAGCAACCAGGGAGGAAAUGGCUACAACAGUGCCUACAACACUAUGGAUGAAUCAGGCUACAGGAAACACAGACAUGUUACCAUUGUGUAGGGAAGGACAGAAAAACCACAAACGACAAAGUUGCACUGCAGCCUGAGACCCGACUUCCCCUCGGCUCUGAAGACAGGAGCUAGGUGGGAGGAAGGACUGAAUCUGAACAGACUGGUGGCACAGCAGACCACCAACAUUUAGCACAAAGAACAAAUCAAUGACACACAACUGUCGCAGCAUUUGACACUGCACCAGCGUAACUGCUGGUUUGCUUGUUCUCAUAUGAAUGCGUCACAGGACAGGUGCCAUAUAAAAAAAUGAAAUAUCAAACCAUAUAUUUUGGAUUUUUAUUGAGGUGUUAUGUGAUCCAGUUUAAAAUUAUACAAACGCAUAAUCAAUCAUUAAACUCUGUCACACAUUGCAAUAUGUGGUAACAUAUGUGUUACCAUGAAAAAAAAACCACGUAUGAACUGUGAAAAAGGGAAUUUUCAUUUAUAAUUUAUUAUUGAACUGUAUGACUGCAUAAACAUACAUAUGCAAAUAGAGUACAUAAAACUUUAACUUUAAUUUCUCUGAGUGUUUUCUUGUCACCCGCAAAUAGGGGAAAUAUCAUGUAUGGUAUUUCCUUGCUAUCAUGCUGCACUGGACAGUGUCAUGAUCCGAACUCUUGAAAGACUUUCCUUUUUUCCCUGUGGACUUUUUUAAUGCUUUGAUUUACCCUUCCUUUUGUGUCUCUGCCUUAUUUAAGUUACCUUUUGUUAUCCCUUGUGUUUAUUGAAGCUUCAGAAAACAUUCAUUUCCUGUUCUCCCGUCUUUUGUUUGUCUUUUUACAGAUCAUGUAUUAUCCCUCUGUAAUGCUAUAGUUACCCAGGACCAAGAAACCCAGUUUUUUUCGUGUUCUUACUGACAAACAAAUAUACCACCCGAUGUUUCAUUUUUAUUGGUGGGUGGGUCUUCAGUGCCCCCUUGCUUCUGAUUGGCUAUGAUUGCACUGUACUCUUCAAAAAAAAAGCACUACCUCCUUGCCUUCAGACAGUGCAAUGUCAACACUAAUAUAGAUGGAUGGAUGGAUGGAUUGACUGGCCAUGCCGUUUUCAUUUUUUAUUAUGCUCUUAUUGAGAGGUGCCACACAUAAUUAUUUAAUUACCUACAGUGUCAAUGUUUCUCAUAUCAGAUGAACGCUCUGUCUUUCAUUUAAUUUAGUUAAUCUGUAUUGUUGUGUCUGUCAUUAUUGAUUUUAAUUAAUCUAUAUUGUCUGUUGUGUCAGUCGUGUCUAAUGAUGCCGAUAUUUGUUUGAUGUUACUGACACUGUUGAAUUGAGCUUUUGGUUCAAAAGUAAUGCAACAGAGUUUUAUUGUAUUGCCUUCUCAUGUGCAGCUGAGUAAUUGCACAGCAUCAUUCUUGAAAAUUAAACACUUGGUAAGUUUUCUUCA